AUGGAUAAUCCGGGUUCUCGUCCUGCAAAGGAAAUUUUUGGCGUGGAACUGGGCGAGUAUGAUGGACCGAGAUUUGCCGACAAGUCAUUCCUCGCUGCCAUGUCUGCCCGAAGAAUUUUCCAGGAGCUCGAGCAGUUGAAGAAAGAACCAGUUCCGUGUUGUUUGGCCUCACCAGCUGGUGAUGACAUCACUAGGUGGAUCAUUGUGAUUACAGGGCCUAAAGAUUCAGUAUACGCUGACGGAACGUUUUUCGUCGAAAUGGAGUUUCCCAGGAUGUACCCGUACUCGUGCCCCAGAGUAUGUUUUUUCUUCCAGAAAAGUGUCGUUUCUGACGAGGAUCUAUCACCACGCUGUCAGCACAAGCGGUGA